AUGCAAGCCAACAAUGGCGCGGAACAUGCCUCGCCAACUGCCUGUAGACCCCCUGUGCUGCCUAUGCCUCCUGCGUCGGUUCAUUCUCCAUCGCAAGCCUCUCAUGCAGAGUCCCAGGGCUCUGUUGCGUCAGAACUGCGAGAUGAGCUGCGAGAGGAGCUCCGUCAGAGUAGGGAUAAGAUGCACGAAGCUGUAGUCACAAUGACGCAGCAAGUAGGUGAGGCCAUGCAAUCCAUGCAACAGCAAAUCAACGUGCUCUCAGCGCAAGUUGCGAGAUCAUCACAGCAGUCCGUCAUCGGCGCAACGCCUGCCGCUUCCACUCAUGCCUCUCGGGCGUUCGCGUCAGGCGACCCCGAUGAUGACGAUGACGACGACGACGACGACGACGACGACGACGCCGAUGAUGACGAAGAUGACGAUGACCGCGACUUUGGUCUAGGUGCCGGUGCUUCUGCCAGUCCUGGAGGCUCGCCGCCCGCGAGCUCCAGCGCGGCUGCCGGAGCCAUGCCCAGCGAAGACCAAGUCUAUAAAAACAAAGACCUUUCGGGAGUGACCAUCCCGACGCUCCCCACUGAUGCUGCCAGUUUCAGGGGUUGGAAGAACUCCCUGAUUGCAAAGCUAGCUUCUCUUGACCGAACUGGAAAUGGUGUUAUCAUGAGGUGGAUACAGGAAGCCUUUCAACCUUCGACGCUUGUGUUGCAAACUGCCCUGGAGUCGUCAUCAGGUGGUCUGCCGCGUCUAGACGCGUGGAUCGCGGGUCAACUUGGCGAGCCAAAACACAUGCAUGGCGAGAUCGGGCUUCGCUUCCAGUCCUACCUUGAGAAAACCCAGAUCCUUUCUGUCCCGCUUCGCGGCAGGAUGAUGCUCCACGAAGUUGCAAAAUCCUUCGCGUUAGACCGCAUGAGAGGGGCGAACCUGACACAGCAGGCUCUCCUGGAGUUACCGCUUGACUCCUUCAGCCAAGCAGACUUGCGAGCUUUCUUCCACAAAGUGGAGUACAUCCUCAACAGCAUCCCUCCGGAUUCGCAGCCGUCUGAGCAGACAAAGUUUGUGUUCCUGUACGAGCGCCUGAAAAGGUGCAAUGGGAUGAGACGGCACAUAGACAGGAUCCGUGACUCAGCGCUGACCUCAAAGCGCAGAUCCUUCGCGUGGCUUUGGCGUAGGUUUGGGGAGUACUUAGACGAGUUAAGGGAAGAUGCCAACCAAGAUUCCAUUCGCAAAGCCUGCAGCUGCCAAGGCUGCUGCGGUGCCAAAGGCACCUCCUCCGACAAAGCCGGAAGCGAGGGCAAAGGUGACAAAAAGGCCAAAGGUCUAGGGAAGGACAAGGAGCAACCGAAGGCUGCCCCUAAGGCAAAGUACAAAGCACCUUGCUUGUUUUAUCCCACGGGGUCAUGCACCAGGGGGGAAAACUGCCCAUUUUCGCAUGACAUACCUGAAGCUGCCCCGCCCAAAGCCAAGGACAAACCUCAGGCCAAGGGAGGAGCUGUGCCAAAGGCGCCGUCAAAGACCACUGCAGCUGCCGUUGCAUUUGCUUCAGUCCCGUCGGCAUCCUCAACGCCGAUCUUCUCCGCAGUCGUGCGCGCGUGCACCGCGCCGCUGCGUGCCAUCACCAGAGUUCUUGCCCUCGUUAGUCCUGUGACGCAGUAUGCCUUACCUGCAACUGUCACCGCUCCUGCCCUGCAAUCGUCCGUCAUCGCGCCGGCCACCUACGAAGUAGAGUGGAUUGCAGACUCUGGUGCUGGCCGUGGUUUAGGGAGCACCGAGGCACUCAUCUCCGCUGGUAUACCUGCUGAGCUCGUUCAUGACAACCUCACCACGUCAGCAGACCCCAUAGAGUUCGCUACUGGUGGUGGACGUCGCUCAGGCAACGUGACCGUUGGACUUGAGGGCGACAUGUUUGGCCACAGCAACACAUACAUGUUGAAGAGUUGCCCGCUAGUACGAUCGCUUGGUGAAAUUGUCGAACAAAACCAAAGACCCUUUGUGUGGUUGCCCGGUUGCUUGCCAUACUUUGCAUCGUCGGCGGAAUCGAUACAGGUCUCGUGUGAUGAGUCUGAACGCACGUAUGCUCACAGAAUUGAGGAAAACGUUCCCAUCUUCAAGGAAAGGAUCCAAGUAGUUCCUGGUUUAGCCGCAAGUGCUUCAUCAGUACCUGCUCCUGCGCCGCUCGCUUUAGGCGACGCGCCACCUGUCAGAGCGCCACCUGAGCCCACAGAUCAUCCAUCUGAUGCAGACUCCGAAGGAGGUGUAGACGAGAUGUCUGAGGAACUGAAGCGAGCUCGGUCGGUUGAGCAUAGGUUGGCGCAUUUCCCUAAAAGCUUGCACUGCCCAGCUUGUAAGAUUGCAAAAUGUUAUCGCAAGCGCAUUGUCCGCUACCGCGAGGAUCCUCUUGCUGAUAGGGGACUUGAUCCUGUAACGUCUUUCGGUGAGCGGAUCGCCGUCGAUUUCAUCGUUGUCAGUCGGUCUGCAGAACUCACACCUAAACGUCCCACCGCUGAGCAUUACGUACUAGUCAUCCGGGAUGAAUUUUCCGGGUUUCUCCAGGGCACGCCUGUCACGUCCCGUGACUCUGCCAAGGUUGCAGCGCAGAUUCGUAAGUUCCUCGGACCUCGCGCUGCUACAAAAACCAUCGUAUGCAAAGCAGACAACGCCAAAGAGUUCGAAACAGCGGCGGCUGAACUCGGUAUUCUCUUGGAAACAUCGCUUGAAAACUACUUCCCGCACAACGCGAGUCUUGAAAGAGACGUACGCACAUACCAAGAGGCUGUCAGAGCGACUCAUAUAGCUGCUGGCUUCACCAUGUUCCCAGAGCUAUGGACCGUCACUUGUCAGUAUGUGUCUGUGUCUCUCGCGCUGUCCCGUGCGCAGCCUGAAAACGCCGACGAAGUCGAAGAGGCUGCAAAGCCCACCAGAUUCGAGGCCAUUUCUGGCGAAGCAUUCACCGGCCCAAAAUGGUUACUUGGUCAAUUGGUCUUUUACCGGGUUGCUGAUAAGGAUAAGAUUCCUAAGUUUGCUGGAUCUUGCUUGCCUGGAAUAUUUGCUGGAUGGCGACUUGACUAUGGUUGCAGAUACAGGGGGGUAGUACUUGUGCUGGACUAUGAGAAACUAAAGACCAGAGCGUCUGGUUUCCAGAGCCUUAUCGCCCUGCCUCAAGAGGAGGUAGUCGUUGAUGGCCCCUGCAAACUGCCCAUACAUGCCGCGCAAGAAGAUUCACUGGCAAAAUUUUCGACCGAAAGGCUUGAGGACAUACCAGCUAUCUCAAUUCCGUUUUCAGAAGGGCCUAUCAUUCUUCCAACGUCAAAGAGGGCUGAGUAUAUCACACUUGAUCGAAUCAUCAAGUUUGGGCCAACAGAUGGAUGCAAAGCAUGCAGCUUCGACGCUGCCCGUCACAAUCCUACCUGCAGACGCAGGUUCGACGCCCUCAUCAAAGCAGAGCGGGAAGCCAGGGAGAAGGCUAAGCUUGUCACUCCGGCAUCUGCCCCUGAGGCAGUGCCAGAGAGUCCUCCUCAUCCAGGUCCGUUCGCGCCUCCUCGCGACGAUCUGCGAAGUGACGAGACUGCAGCUGCCGCCCGUGGUUCCGAUCCUGCAGGCCCUCGCAUUGGGGGAUCCAGCACUGAGCCUGUCUUCGAGGUAGUAGGGCAGCCAGCGAGCGAUCCUUGGGAGAAGCUUGGUAGGGUACGAAAGAUUGCCACUGACCUGCCUGGACUCGGAACCCUUGUUGAGUAUGCUUGCGACCCUGAGUCCCUCAUCGGUCAACAACUUCCCCAGUUUGGUCUAAAAGUCUUGCGACUCACCGAACAAACGGUUGACCUCAGCAAUCCAACGCACGUCUUGCAAGUAGUGGAGCAACUUAAGGCUCAGCAUGGAGCUGAUUUGUGGGUGUCGCUGCCUUGCAGUCCCUGGUCCGCGAUGCAAGAGCUCAACUUGCACCGCCUGGGUGAGGCUUUUACCUCAAACUUGCAAGCGCAGCAGGACAGAUCACAGUACAUGCUGGAACUUGCCUUACAAGUUGCCGAGUACGUGGUUCUACAUCACGGCCGCUUAGUCUUUGAGUGGCCCGAGCACUGCAAGGGUUGGAGGUUACCGCAGUUGCAGCAGUUCCUCAGGCGUCACUGCUUGUACACUGUGCGGUUCGAUGGAUGCAUGUUGGGCCUCAAAGGCCAGAGAAACAAACCCAUCAGAAAACCGUGGAUGCUGGCUACCAACUGUCGUCGCGUCGUCGAGGUUUUCGCGCAGUAUCAGUGCACGCACUGUCCUGAUGAACAUGAGUCAGCUGAAGGUGGCAACGCUGCAGCAACUGCGUACUACACCGUCCCUUUCGUCAAUUCUGUAAUCGAGGCGUUGUUUCCCAGACAGUUCUUCCAGUCACAAGUCCCUGCGUUAGGUUGUAAACCAGAUCCAAGUGACGUAGACCAUGCAUCGCUGAGCGGCCUGGAUCGUCAUUUAGGGUUGGUGACCAUGUCGCUCACACGCCGAGAGUGGCAGAGCAAUGCUGCGGCCAUGAAGGCCGUCCGAGACGAGGCCGAAGGCUUGCGACGCAACCAGACGUGGGACGACGCAACAGCGUGUGACCCCGCCGAGCUCAAAUCCCAGGCGCGAACUCUUGGGAUAGACAUAAAGAUCGCAGAUCUAAUGGUGUUGUGUGGGGUCAAGCACAUAGAACUUGACCCCAGCCACCACAAAUUCAAGGGGCGCAUCGUCUACCGAGGCGACAGAGUGCACACGCAGGAUGGUGACGCAGUCUUCUUUAACGAAGUAUCCACCACUCCGACCACGCUAACCGCCCUCAACGUCACGCUUUGGUGGGGCGCGCAGGAAAUCACUUUACGGCCACCCACAGGCUGGUCGCCUGUGGCAGCAGUAUAUCUUGAAGUCCGCAUCAAGCGCCUAAACGGCGUAGAGAUGGCGGGCUUCCCGUCAAACUUCAUCUUCACCUUCGAAGAGGGUAAGUUGGUACUAAACAUCUAUGUAGACGACCUGACGUUAAGUGGGCCCAGACAUCUGCACCGCAAAUUCUGGGCAAGUUUUUGCGAAGUCGUAAAAACUGAGCCACCGCAAGAGUUGACUGCUGAACGCUCUGCGCUGAUCCUUGGCAGGACGCACGCAGUGGCGACGGAUCUUGCUUUCCCCAGCCUCACGAUGUGUAUGCAAGGAUACGCAAAGCAGUUAGUUGACCUCUACAGCGAGGUUGCUGGUGUUGACGUUUCCUCCUUUCGUCGCGUAGGGACGCCCCAUAUCUCUGACAACAGUCUGCCUGAUGAGAUGUUUGAUCAGCCCGGAACGCUUCAACCACAAGCAACGCGGGUGCUCAUGAAAGCGCUAUGGCUGGCGCGCCUUUGUCGUCCUGACUUGGCGUUCGCUGUUGGGCGACUAGCCUCCCGAGUGACAGUUUGGUCUCGAGCAGAAGAUGUUCAUCUACACCGUCUUGUUUCAUACGUCUUUCAUACUCAGCACUACCGCAUGUUGUGCCAAGCUGGACCGCAUAGCGAAGUUGAGCUUCAUGUCUAUGCGGAUGCUGACCUUGCCUCAUGCGUACACACAGCACGCAGCACGUCCGGUAUGAUCAUAAUGCUUGUUUCUGGCGACGCCCGCUGGCCGAUCGCCUGGCAGAGCCGUAGGCAAUCGUCUGUUGCUCGGUCAACAACCGAAGCCGAGAUCAUAUCGAUGAGCUCCGCUGUGUACGGCGAAGCGCAGCCCCUCUUGGACUUCCUAAGUGCUCUGUGCCAACGAGAGGUUCUCCUCAAACUGAAGGAAGACAACGAAGCAACACUGUCCAUCCUUCACUCUGGCUACUCAGCAAAACUUCGUCACGCCAGUAGAACGCACAGAAUCAAUGUUGCAUCUCUCGCCGAAACCAUCAAGCAAGGCAUGACGCCUGAAUUUACUCCCACAGAUCUGCAAGCUGCAGACGGACUCACCAAAGUAAACACCCCACAGCAGUGGGCACGCGUACUUCAACUGCUCUGCGUUCGCGACACCGCGACCAGCUAA